GAUUUUCCUAUCACUGAAGUUUUUGUUAAGAGAAAUUUUGUCCAAAACAAUUCGGAACUAAGCAGUACUGAAAUUACAGAGGAAAAUUAUGACACUCAAGUUCUUGUUGAGAGGAAAUUGAAUCAAAACCCUGAAAUAAAAAGUUCUUCUGAAACUAUGGUUACUCCUAUCACUCGCAAGGUUCUUGUUGAGAGUAAUUUGAAUAUAAAUUCAUCUAAGCCCACUACAGCAAUGUCAAAGGAUUGGCUGGACAUAAUUAAUGUCCUAUGUAAUUCGAAAUCUCUUAUUAAUGGUAAACGUAAUACAAUUUCAACAGAUAAUGUUCGUACAUUAAAUAAUUUGGAUUUUACAAAGAGAAUAUUCGAUUUUUGCGAUAAAGCUGAGUCAAUAGAAAUUAUUCAAAAGGAAUUCAAAACAUGGACCGAUUUAGAUAAAAUUACAGACAAUGUGCAAACAGAAAUUAAAGUUUAUAAACUCGUUUACUACACAAAACUUCUAAAUGGAUACGCAUCUCUUUUUAGGUUUGUUAACAAAGAACCAAAGGAGGAUGAUAUGAAUUACACCUUCAAAGAAAAAUUCGAAAAAGGUAUUCCUCUUGGGUUGAAUGCUAGUAUUCCCGCUAAAAAAAAAUGGGUGAAGCAUCAAGUUAAAAAGUAUUUGAAUUUACAAGUGGACAAGUCAGAAACCCGCAUUUGGAAAUCAUUGUGUAGAAUACUUUUUAUUGUGAAAAAAGAGAUAACCUCAAUUCGAGAGUUAGCAAUAGCUGGGGUAAUGCCAAGAAAGAUUCAAAGCAUAACCGAUGUAGAAUUUAAACUUUUUUUACGUAAAAUUUCAAAUGGACAAAUUGAGAAAUUUGUUCCUUACGAAAUCGACACAAUUGAUUCAGACUUAUUUGGGGUUGAUUUGGAAUAUAACUUUGUGCAGAAAUUUGUUCCUAAAGAAAUCGUCACAAUUGAUUCAGGAAUUGAAUUAGAAUAUAACUUUGUGUAUGAUAAAUAA